AUGUCUGUGGGGCCCUCAGGUGUGGUGGUCUGUGGGGCCCUCAGGUGUGGUGGUCUGUGGGGCCCUCAGGUGUGGUGGUCUGUGGGGCCCUCAGGUGUGGUGGUCUGUGGGGCCCUCAGGUGUGGUGGUCUGUGGGGCCCUCAGGUGUGGUGGUCUGUGGGGCCCUCAGGUGUGGUGGUCUGUGGGGCCCUCAGAAGAGACCGCGGGAGUCGGUGGGUUGGUGGCGUGUUGGUUGCGUGUUGGUGGUGUGUUGGUGGCGUGUUGGUGGCAUGUUGGUGGCGUGUUGGUGGUGUGUUGGUGGCGUGUUGGUGGCGUGUUGGUGGUGUGUUGGUGGUGGGUUGGUUGCGUGUUGGUGGCGUGUUGGUGGUGUGUUGGUGGCGUGUUGGUGGUGUGUUGGUGGUGGGUUGGUGGUGGGUUGGUUGCGUGUUGGUGGUGCGUUGGUGGCGUGUUGGUGGUGGGUUGGUUGCGUGUUGGUGGUGUGUUGGUGGCGUGUUGGUGGUGGGUUGGUUGCGUGUUGGUGGUGUGUUGGUGGUGGGUUGGUUGCGUGUUGGUGGUGUGUUGGUGGUGGGUUGGUUGCGUGUUGGUGGUGUGUUGGUGGUGUGUUGGUGGUGUGUUGGUGGUGUGUUGGUGGUGUGUUGGUGGUGUGUUGGUGGCGUGUUGGUGGCGUGUUGGUGGCGUGUGGUGGUGUGUUGGUGGUGUGUUGGUGGCGUGUUGGUGGUGGGUUGGUUGCGUGUUGGUGGUGUGUUGGUGGCGUGUUGGUGGUGUGUUGGUGGCGUGUUGGUGGUGUGUUGGUGGCGUGUUGGUGGCGUGUUGGUGGUGUGUUGGUGGUGUGUUGGUGGCGUGUUGGUGGUGGGUUGGUUGCGUGUUGGUGGUGUGUUGGUGGUGGGUUGGUUGCGUGUUGGUGGUGUGUUGGUGGUGGGUUGGUUGCGUGUUGGUUGCGUGUUGGUGGUGUGUUGGUGGUGGGUUGGUUGCGUGUUGGUGGUGUGUUGGUGGCGUGUUGGUGGUGUGUUGGUGGCGUGUUGGUGGUGUGUUGGUGGUGGGUUGGUUGCGUGUUGGUGGUGUGUUGGUGGUGUGUUGGUGGUGGGUUGGUUGCGUGUUGGUGGUGCGUUGGUGGCGUGUUGGUGGUGGGUUGGUUGCGUGUUGGUGGUGGGUUGGUUGCGUGUUGGUUGCGUGUUGGUGGCGUGUUGGUGGUGUGUUGGUGGCGUGUUGGUGGUGUGUUGGUGGUGGGUUGGUUGCGUGUUGGUGGCGUGUUGGUGGUGUGUUGGUGGCGUGUUGGGUGGUGGGUCGGUUGCGUGUUGGUGGUGUGUUGGUGGUGGGUUGGUUGCGUGUUGGUGGCGUGUUGGUGGUGGGUUGGUUGCGUGUUGGUUGCGUGUUGGUGGCUUGUUGGUGGUGUGUUGGUGGCGUGUUGGUGGUGUGUUGGUGGUGGGUUGGUUGCGUGUUGGUGGUGUGUUGGUGGUGGGUUGGUUGCGUGUUGGUGGCGUGUUGGUGGUGUGUUGGUGGCGUGUUGGUGGUGUGUUGGUGGUGGGUUGGUUGCGUGUUGGUGGUGUGUUGGUGGUGUGUUGGUGGUGGGUUGGUUGCGUGUUGGUGGUGUGUUGGUGGUGGGUUGGUUGCGUGUUGGUGGCGUGUUGGUGGUGUGUUGGUGGCGUGUUGGUGGUGUGUUGGUGGUGGGUUGGUUGCGUGUUGGUGGUGUGUUGGUGGUGUGUUGGUUGCGUGUUGGUGGCGUGUUGGUGGUGUCUUGGUGGCGUGUUGGUGGUGUGUUGGUGGUGGGUUGGUUGCGUGUUGGUGGCGUGUUGGUGGUGUGUUGGUGGCGUGUUGGUGGUGUGUUGGUGGUGGGUUGGUUGCGUGUUGGUGGUGCGUUGGUGGCGUGUUGGUGGUGGGUUGGUUGCGUGUUGGUGGUGCGUUGGUGGCGUGUUGGUGGUGGGUUGGUUGCGUGUUGGUGGUGUGUUGGUGGCGUGUUGGUGGUGGGUUGGUUGCGUGUUGGUGGUGUGUUGGUGGUGGGUUGGUUGCGUGUUGGUGGUGUGUUGGUUGCGUGUUGGUUGCGUGUUGGUGGCGUGUUGGUGGUGUGUUGGUGGCGUGUUGGUGGUGUGUUGGUGGUGGGUUGGUUGCGUGUUGGUGGCGUGUUGGUGGUGUGUUGGUGGCGUGUUGGUGGUGUGUUGGUGGUGGGUUGGUUGCGUGUUGGUGGUGCGUUGGUGGCGUGUUGGUGGUGGGUUGGUUGCGUGUUGGUGGUGCGUUGGUGGCGUGUUGGUGGUGGGUUGGUUGCGUGUUGGUGGUGUGUUGGUGGCGUGUUGGUGGUGGGUUGGUUGCGUGUUGGUGGUGUGUUGGUGGUGGGUUGGUUGCGUGUUGGUGGUGUGUUGGUGGUGGGUUGGUUGCAUGUUGGUGGCAUGUUGGUUGGUUUGUUGGUUGGUGGUGGCAGGUUGGUGGCGUGUUGGUGGUGGAAAGAAGCCAGUCGCGUGCGUUAGAGUAGGGAGAACGGUCUGUAGGGAGAACUGUCUGUAG